AUGACAAAGGUUGAGUGUUAGGCAAGUAGUUGUACGAGAUCUAGGAGAAUAUGAAACCUGGAUUGUUCACGUGCCAACCCAGAAUCUCGAAGCCCCCAAAAUCCACCCAACCAAUACACAUAAACUCAAAUUUCACCGCUUUUUCAUUCAUGAUCAUCCAUUCAAAUCCCUCUCUAUAAUUACAAAGGACUAAUGCCUUCAUCAAAAUCCAGUUCAGUCACUACUAUUACGGCUUCUACUUCUAACUUGAUAACAUCAUUAUCACGUUCCUCACGAAAUUUCCUUAUAUAACCUCUCUCUCUGUUUCUUCUUUCCUCUUUCUCUCUUGCACCCCUUUCUUCUCUCCGCACCACACCCUCUUUCCUCGCUUUGCCGAAGCUCUGAUUUUUCCUUUCCAAUCGUUCAUAAUUUCACCUUUUUUUCCUGUUUUCUUUGAUCUGGGUGUUUCCUUUAUCGUGCUUCGAAUCAUUUUACCGUUCUGGGUCUUUCUCAGCUGUGGAAAAGAUCUGAUUUUUCGCCCUGUUUCUUGGUGAACGACCUUGUUGUGCGAUUUCGUGAUCUGGGUCUGAAGGGAAUCGCUGCUAUUGUUCAAUUAUGAGGAAAAGAGAGAGGGAGAAUCCUUGUGGGGUGUGUGGCCACUAUCACAAAUACGAAGAAGGGGAAGUGUGUUCGAUAUGUGGCCACCGGAUUCCGGUUGGAUCGGAGAAAUCUUCGAUACAAGUUAGUGCUUUUCCUUCGAUGAUUUUGCCGGAAUUUCUUUACCUAGGUAGCUAUGAUAACGCUUCACGCUCGGAGCUUCUCAAGACUCAGGGGAUUUCUCACAUCCUCAAUACUGUCCCGUCAUGUCAAAAUCUUUACAAGAACUCAUUUACCUAUCACUGCCUCCCAGAUGACAAAACUUUGCCAUUUGAUGAAGCAAUUCAGUUUUUAGAACAAUGUGAGAAUGAUAAGGAGCGUGUUUUGGUUCAUUGCAUGUCAGGAAAGAGUAGGUCUCCAGCUAUUGUAAUUGCAUACUUGAUGAAGUCCAAAGGAUGGAGACUUGCGCAGAGUUAUCAGUGGGUAAAGGAACGGAGACCUUCUGUUGAAUUAACUCAAGGUGUCUACCAGCAACUGCAGGAGUAUGAGCAAAAGAUCUAUGGACCAAUCGACAGUGGCAGCUCUCUACUACCCAAUUUCUCUCCUAUCACACCUCCUUCAAUCAGCUUCGGUUUCCCAAAGGUCAAUGAUCCAACUCAGCUUCCUUCCUUUAGCACUGCCGGAACUCCUUCAAUUUUCGCCCGAGCACCCCAUGACGUUGCUCCCACUGAGUUUACGUUUGGAGCAAGUCAGACACAAAAGAGUGUGACUGGAAGCCCCUUCAAUGCAAAUCCACCUAAUCCAAAUGGUACUGAUAUCCAAAUGGAUGGUUCUUGAUUCUCACCACCAUGUGUGAUUAAGCUGCUUGACGAAUUGGCUUGUGGUAAGGUUACAGGUUUAAGUCAAGGUGCAACAACCAUAAGUGACUUGUCAAUUCUAUACGAAGUUCUUUUUCUCAUGUUUUUUUUUUAAAAUCUUCUCAUAGUUAUCUUUGGCUGUAGUAUUGAGUAAUAUCAUCUUUUGGCCUCGUGCCUCUGCCUCAGUAGAUCUUCGCUAGACACUAUCCACUUUUCAAUAUUACAAGGAAAAUUUUAUCUGUUGAGUAUACAACAUUAAACAAUCUUCUUGUGGAACCGCUGUUCUGAAAUAUACAAAAUUCAUAGACAAGUUUUUAAAAUUUAUUGUGAAUUUUUCACCAUUCUAAAGUAACCAUAAAAUGCAUAAUAUUUGGUGGCUGAAUGUGAUUUUUCGAUAUUUAUUUUCUGCACUAUUACAUUCCGCUUAACAUUAGGACGUGCUCCAUCAUUCUCCACCAAUGAGUUUUUUUCUCUUAUGAAUGAUUGAAAUUAAAAUAUAAAAGUCAUGUGAUAAUUUUAAUUAGUUAUGAUUUUUUUAAAUGAUUAUGACAUUUAAAACUUUUAAUCUUAACUAUUUAUAUAUAAUGGUAAAAUUCAGAUAAUUUUGAGUAUGAUUGUGAGCUUUAUGCAAAAGCCUAGUCAAAUCAUUUGCAACUCUACAAGGUAACCACCAUUCUUUCAUGGUUUACCCCUCGUGUCUCAGGCUUGAACAAGUAUAUGUUUUGAUUUAUGUUUAUUGUCCUUUCGCCUUCAAAUAUUUUCAUAGCAUUCAAAUUAGUCGAAAUGGACUACGUUUUGCUUUCUCCUCCAAGAUUGGAGUUUCCUCGCGCUGAUUUCUUUUGAGAGGACGGGCCGAACCUUAAGGUAAUAAUAAGAUUGUCACCUUGUUAUUUAAAGGAUAUGGGUUUGUAUAAAUCUUGGAAAUAGUUACUCGAAUAAGAUUGUGUACAUCUAUUUUCUUAUCCUAAACGCUACUUGAUGAGAGCCUUGUGCUUUUCUCUUUAUGUUUCUUUCAAGGUUUUAUCAUUUCUAUUUUUGAGACAAGUUUAUGUAAAAUUUUAUUUUGGAUAGCCUUUUUUUAUGGCUAUUGAUAAAAAGAUUAGUUGUCUGAAAAAUUAUUUGCUCUCGUCCUUUUUAUAGACUAUUUUUAAAAUAAAAAACUUUAUAAUUCAGGACAGUACACAUUUCCUAAACAGGUGCAAAAGUCAAACAAAAGAUUAACUCCUCCACUAAUGGAUCACGAAGGUUACAUCAUAUUAAGACUUCUUAUUAUUAACUAAGUUCAUUAAAAUAAAAUUUUCGUUGUCAUAAAUUCUUACCUAGUUUGUCAUUCUCUACAAGCAUUUUCUUGCACUUACUUUUACCUCUGUACAAGGCACAACCCUUUCAAUUUAGAGCUCACCAGAAAACAUUUAUGAAGGGGGUUCAACCUCGUAAACCUUUUAUGAUUAAAUAUGACAAAAGAAAGAGGGAGAAUUAAUAAAACAGUUCUGUCAUUUAAAGAUUAAAUAAUUAACAUUGUAUUUUUUUCCCUGAGAGAAGAGGCUAGAGAACUGAGAGAAAAGAAAUGUUAAUAAUACACUUCUAUCACACAUAAUUUACAUGAUUGAUUUUUUUUUUUAAUUUAAAAUACUUACAUCCUAAAUCGAUAUAUAUUUUUUAAAAAUUAUUGCAAUGCUUUUAAAAAACUGACCAAUUAAAAGAGGUAAGUUGAAAAGUAUAUUUGAAAAAGUGUGUUCUUAGCAUCCUAGGAAUACACCAGCACCAAAGUUG